AUGGGGAAAGGGCGCAUGAAGGAGGUAGAGACUUGGCACUCCUUUAUGGAGACGCUGAGUUCCUGGCUUGCCCUGCAGGAAGAAGCGUUUGUUCGGGAACUGCAGCUUUGUAUCCCUGUGAAGAAGGAGAUUGUGCAAGCUGACUUGAAUCCCGAGACUGCCGCGCGUAGCUCCAAGCUGUUCUACUACUUGACGCAGUCCCUCGCCAAGUGGGAGCGGGGAAGCGAGCUCUUGAGGUCCUGCUCGAAGAGGCAGGGGCAGAGCGCCUGCGGCUACGAGGUGAUUAGAACGAUUACCUCUCAGUACUCCAUCGUGUCGCGGAUGGAAGCUGUCUUCGUGAGAGAACAGGCUUUGAAGUUGUACCAGCACGUUGGGCAUCUGAAGAGGCCCACCGACUUGAUUCGACAUCUUGAGGAUUCGUUUUCGAAGUCUGAAGCGAAGCUGAGCAACUUUCCGGAGCUUCAGCUGUCUGAGGCUGACCGCUGCUCUGUCCUGUUACAGAGCUUGGGUGCAGAAGUGCGUCAGUACGUGGUACUGCACGGGUCCAGCUCGAACUGGGAAGCUCUUCGAAGGACGCUGACUUACUACGAGGAGCAGCUGCGACUGUGUGAGGCCCCUGGGUCUUCGGGCCGAGCCUUGCAGGAGAAGCUUUGCGACUACUGCGGGAAGAAGGGACACACAGCCGACAAGUGUUGGCAGCGCCAAAAGGAAGAACGCGGUGGUGCUCCGAAGGGCAAAGGGAAAGGAGACAAAGGAAAGCCGAAAGGCAAAGGCGACCAGACUCCCAAGGGAUCUGGCACGCCCCGUGGUUCUGAGAAGGGCCGAGUCGGGAGGAAGCGCCACAGUGAUGGCGAUGAGGUUUUCCUGUCCUGGGCGUGGUUCUUCGGAGCCCUCUUCUUCGGAUUUCGUGUUGUCAAGAAGUACGACCGAACGGCCAAUCUGUUCAACGCCUCGGGUGGUGCGAUCGUCGUUUCGGGGGUCGUCGACCUUGAGGUUCAUUUUGGGGAUGUUUUCCUGAGGUUGGAAGAGGUCUUGGUGGCGGAUGUUGGGUUCAACGUUGUUUCGCCUUGGACCGGGUCGGAACGGGGCUGGAAAACCUAUCUAGCCAAAUCGGGAUCACGAUUGUACAAAGGAAACGGAAAGAAGAGCAUCAAGCUGAUGGGCGCUUCGCGCGCCUGGUGGGCUCUGAGCGGGAGGUCCAAGGGCCGGGGGAAAGAGAAUUCUUCCAGACGCCCCCCGAAAGGGAUCGAGGACAUGGAGAUAGAUGCCUUGAAGGACCGCGACCUGCUAGGAUCGAGCAAGGAGUCCACCGCAGGACCCCAGAAGCCUGGAGAAGGAAUCCUGAAGAAAGGAAGAAAGACUUCGGAAGAAGACGAGUCUGGCCGCCACGCUUUGGCUGCAGUGCACGGCGCUUGA